UUUAAAACAGGAAUCAGGCGCCCGCUGCUUGCUCCAAAAAUCGUGUCCCGGCUUCCCCUGGACCAAAUUCCAGGAUAAUUCCAGACAAGCCAGCAGGGAAGGGUGACAGGGAGAGCGUAGUAAGCACAACGUGAUUCUGGUCUUUAUGGAAAAUGCCAGUCGGGAAAAUGCGUUGAAAUAUCCCAAGCACUGAAGAAACGCUCAUUAAUGAUCAAGCCUCAGCUGUAUGGAACGUGUUCCAUUUAACACUUUGUGCCUGAUUAAUGAAGAAAGGUGGGUGUUAAUGAGGCCGUGGAAAGAAGAGCACUGGACACUCGCUGUUUCCAGCCAGGAGAAAUGCAAGGCGCAGAGCUUUGGGAUGUAAUUCCACCUUUAUAAACAUCCUUCAAGAAGGUUCCAGUUUUCAUGUUCCCUUUAAGGCAUCAAACACAUCUGGGUUUAUUUUCUUAUUUACAUUACACGUUCUGCUGCACUCCCUGGGUGAGCAAUGAAGGUUCUGCUGCUGAAGGAUCCCAAAGACAAAGAUUCAGGACCAGAUCCAUAUAUUAAAGAGUUAGGAUCAUACAGCUUGGAAGCAACGUUGAUCCCAGUUUUGUCAUUUGAAUUCACCUCUCUUGGCAGCUUAUUUGAGAAGCUUUCCCAUCCAGAAUGCUAUGGAGGCCUAGUUUUUACCAGCCCGAGAGCAUUAGAGGCCAUCAAGAUAUGUUUAAAAGAGAAGAAUAAAAAUGAAGCCUGGUCAAAAUCUCUUAAGCAAAUGUGGAAUAUCAAACCAACAUAUGUGGUAGGAAAAACUACAGCUUCUUUAGUGGAAGAAAUUGGUCUUAUUCCACAAGGAGAAAAGGCUGGAAAUGCUGAGAAAUUAGCUGAAUAUAUUUGUUCAAGAGAGAAACCCAAUUCCUCAGCUCUCCUGUUUCCUUGUGGGGCCCUGAAGAGAGAAGUACUUCCUACAGUGCUUAGAGGAAAAGGCAUACCCCUGGAAAGCCUCACUGUUUAUCAAACAACCCAACACCCUGAUCUGCAGGAAUCUUUGAGCAGUUACUUCUCCCAACAGGGCAUCCCUGCGAGCGUCGCGUUCUUCAGCCCCUCCGGCGUCAAAUUCUGCCUCCAGCACAUCCGGAAGCUUUCAGGGGAUUUGAUCAACCAAGUCAAGUUCGCUGCCAUCGGCCCCAGCACAGCAGAGGCCCUGCAGGGCGCCGGGAUCGCCGUGAGCUGCACCGCAGGGAGCCCCACGCCCCAGGACCUGGCUGCUGCCAUCCACACAGCCCUGCAGCCACACAGCUGCUCCGAGUGAGAGCCCAGCCUGCCCAGCAAGGACAAUGCGGUGCUCCAGGAGGGGUUUUCCAAUUUGCAGAUGUGUUAUCCUGCAAAAACAGUGGGGUUUUGGGAUUAUGAAACACUGUCCGGGUCAGGAAUGGGUGUGAGAAGGCACUAAAAUAUCUUAAGAAAUCUGGAAUCUGUCCAGCAUCCUUAAAGCAUCCAGCUAUUCCCUUUCCUCCUGUGUGCACUGUGAAUAUUUUAUCCUUGAAAAGCAGCUGUGAACACUGAGACACUGAACUCAGCCCCACACCUCAGGUAUCCCCCAGCACACAGCUCAGGUUGGAGUUGCUCUAUAUGAUCAAUUUUACUUGCACAUCUUUUGUAGGAAAAACCCUCAUAUUCCAAUGAAGUAUUUUCUUUUGUAAACUUGUUUGUUGUUCUGCUUUUCAAAUGUUUGUAUGAAAAUCGUAAUUGUAGAUUCUUGGUGACCAGGAGAAUUCUUGCAGUUAAGUUGCUCUGUCUGGGGCUAAUUCAGGUCAGCUGUUGCCCCUUGUUAGACCCUGACAGGGUCUUAAAAAUGAGGUUCUGGUUUCUGUUCCUAUAAAGGAGGAUUUAUUAACAGGGAAAUAAACUGGCUUACCAGAGUUAAUAA